UAUCAUCAAUGUGCAGAUGCAUUGAUCCGUGCGCUGUCACCUUGAUGGAAUUAUUGGAUCUCCGGUCAAGGUGAUUGGCCAUUAUUUCAGCACCAACGACACCCUGGUUCUGAAGUCCAUCACGUGGCCUGGAGAUGGUCCGCCAAUUGACCAUCCUCCCUGUGGGUAUAGCAACGAGUUUUGCGAACAAGAUGAAACAAAACGACUCAUUACGUUGUUGACGGCGAUAAUUGUGUCUUUGCUUGUUGUCAUGGUAACAGUUUUAGUAUCAGUUUAUCUAAUUUACAGGCGCCUGCAGUGGCAGAGGAUGGUCAACGCGAUGCGUUGGAAUGUUAACCCUGACGACAUCACAGAGGAUAGAAAGAAGUUCGGCUCGUCCAGAUCAAGAAAAUCUUUGGGAACAUCUAGAGUUACCCUGAAAAGUUCAACGUCAAGGUGUCAAGAAUACAUAGCAACUGGCUAUUUGAAUGGUGUGACGGUUGCUCUGAAGCAUAUCAAGCAUAUCGAUGAAGUCAAAAUGACAAACGCUCUUAAAGAAGAACUCACGCAGCUGCAUGACCUGCUCUCGACGAAUACGGUAAGAUUGGUUGGGGCGUGCGUGGAGCCGGGAAUUGUCAUCGCCAUAUCAGAGUACUGUUCGAAGGGAAGUCUCCAAGAUGUUUUGGAGAAUGAUGACGUGGACUUGGAUUGGGCGUUUAAACAAUCCGUUAUAUUCGAUAUAUUAAAGGGCUUGCAGUUUCUUCAUGAAUCGCCCUUCAAGUGUCACGGAAACCUGAAGAGUUCCAACUGUUUGGUAGACAACCGUUUCUGUGUCAAACUUGGAGACUUUGCUCCAGUAUCUUGGCAGAGACGUGAAGAUAGGUCCGCAAAUGAACUGCUUUGGACCGCCCCAGAAGUAUUACGCAAAGCGAACAAAGAAAACCAACAAAGCGACAUCUAUAGUCUCGGUAUCUUACUACAAGAGAUCGUCGAGAGAAAGGGACCAUUCUUUGUAGAGACUGAUGACAUCUUGCAAAAAACUUAUGGGAUUUCUAAGUACAAUGCAGAAGACAUCAUCCAGAAAGUAAUCGAAAUCACCUGUCCGCCUUUCCGUCCCACGCUAUCGGCAGAUGAGUGUAGUCAACAGAUGCGCAACCUCGUGUGCAGAUGUUGGGCGGAGUUUGCAGACGAGAGGCCAAAGCUGAAAGAGGUCAUCCAAGAAUUCAAUGCAAUGAACGGCGGAAGGGGUAAAGUAAACCUGAUGGACAAUCUGAUUUCACGGAUGGAGCAGUAUGCAAACAACCUGGAGAGUCUGGUGGAGGAGAGAACUGAAAAAUACCUCGAGGAGAAGAAGAGAGUUGAAGAGCUGCUGCAUCGUCUGCUUCCCGCAUCAAUCGUCACUCAGAUCCAAGAGAACGGCAACGUGGAGCCUGAGACGUACGAAUGCGUGACAAUCUACUUCAGUGAUAUAGUGGGCUUCACCAAGCUUUCAUCCAUGAGUACUCCAGUUCAGAUCAUUGACCUACUCAACGACCUCUACACAGUUUUCGACGAGAUCAUCUCACAUUUUGAUGUUUACAAGGUUGAAACCAUUGGUGAUGCAUACAUGGUAACCUCUGGUCUACCAAAAAGGAAUGGCGACCGUCACGUGAGCGAAAUUUCCAAGAUGUCGCUGAAGUUAUUGAGUUCUGUCAAGAAGUUCAAGAUCCGUCAUUGCUCAGAUUAUCCUCUGCAAAUUCGAAUUGGCUUGCAUUCUGGUCCGUGCGCUGCUGGUGUGGUUGGCCUGACGAUGCCGAGGUACUGUCUGUUUGGAGACACAGUUAAUACUGCUUCGAGAAUGGAAAGCAAUGGAGAACCGUUAAAGAUUCACAUCAGCUCUAGCACGAACGAUCUUCUUCAGCGCAUUGGUGGGUUCGUGACAACCUACAGGCAAGAAUUGGAAGUUAAGGGAAAAGGCACAAUGCGGACUUACUGGUUGGAGGAUGAAAUUGCAAAAGAAGAAACACUGCCUGGGACUGUGCCGUAGAAGCGUUUCUUUAUUUUAAUACCAUGAUGUGCCCCAAAGAAUCAAAUUCAUAUUAUUUCGCAAUCAUUAACCGUCCACUCCAUUAGGUCAUUGACCUGGCCCAUUCACAAAGGGUCAGCGUUUGCUAUAUGCCGUUCUGGUCCGCUCUUUCCAGAAGCAAAGCCUUGUGAUAGUUCAAGAAGGUAAAGACAAGUGGCCAAUAAUACAUUUCACUGAACGUACGCUGUCUGCGCAAGUUGGCUAUUUGAGUUAGAUUUACGGUACACUCCUGACGCAACCUUAUCUCUCCCUCCAAAGGAAGAGCAGAGACUGAUUUAUAGGAUGCCGAAUUACGGACAUUAUUACCGCCAGGCUUGCAUAUCGUUACUUUGAGUGAUGUUUUACCGUCUUUCAUAAAUUGCUUAUGACACACUAGAGGCAAAACGAGAUGGAUUUGAAGUUCGAUUCAAAAGCCUUUAACUCUUUAUUUCUUCUUGAACACUUCAACUUCGGGUACUAGUAGUAGAGAGUCGAUACAACGUAUUUGGAUGUAUUGUGUAUGGAUUCGAAAUGUUAUUAAACAUCUUUCCAAACGAAA